AUGCGCCCUUCACCACGGAGCCGAUUGCUAUUCCCAGUCAUGGUACAGUCGAGCUGGAUUCUCCUUGUGGCUGUUAUUUGCAUUGUCUGUCAGAGUCUACAGGGAUGCGCAGGGGAAGGAGAUUCCACUGGUUCUACGUCGUCCACGAGCACCAGCACAUCGUCUUCCACAACGACCACAAUCUCAACGUCCACCACGCCAUCACCACCCCUGACACCCAAAGCACUUGAAGCUGCAUGCCCCGCGGUGGUUGCAGCUUGCAAACAGGAGACGACUCUGUGUGAUCCGGCGUGGGCGUGUAUGGAAAGCAAGAUGCACACAUGCCAGGAUGGUGGUGAGUGCAUUCAGGACGCGGCGAAAGUUGGAGUUAGCCCGGCCUUAAACAACCUUGCUGGCUGCUUGGAGCAUGCCUGCGAAGGAAGUACCACAUCAUCGAGCUCGGCAUCAACAACAACGACGACAACGACAAAAGCCAGUUCGCGCCCUAUGACGGAGCAGGAGAUGGAAAAGUCUUGCCCCGGAUUUGUGGACAACACAUGCAAGGAAGACAAAGUGUGCAAAGACAUUUGGCUGUGCAUGUCCUUAUCGAUGAAGACAUGCGAAGAUGGCAGUGAGUGCAUCCAACGGACCAUUUCCAUACUGCCUCCGACACCCGCGGCUGAAGAAAUUGGCGCUUGCCUGCAGAAGGCGUGCACUGAAGGAAGCUCCACGUCAACUUCGACUCCGGCCAUGACAACCACGCAGGAUUCUCGACCCAUCCUCAGCAAGGAUGUGUCAGCAGCGUGUCCAGGCUUCAUUGACCAAACGUGCAGCCCCGAUUCCACAUGUGCCGGCGCAUGGAAGUGCAUGGGCUCGAUGAAGACAUGUCAACAAGGCGGCCAGUGCAUUGAGCAGGCGGCGAAGAUUGGCACAACCUCCGCACUUGAGGAGUUAGCCGCAUGUUUGGAGAAGGCCUGUACACCGACUGAGGCUGGCAGAAUCAAGGUUGUUGUUUGA